AUGGAGACUGAGGCCACCCCCUCUGAGUCACGACCAACCACCCCGGAACCUCCGGGCUAUGUGAAUCCUCUCGAGUCCAGCUCUCGAUGGUACCUGAUCGCUCGUGCCCAAGCCAUUCGUUCCGCUGCAAGUUUGGGUUUCAGCAUCGCCAAUCGUACUGAACCUCCUGCACCAUCGCCUACGCGAGACAUUUGGCUGGAUGCCACGCUAUCAAAGGCAGCCCCCAGCCGCAGCGACCGCGCCAAGACUAAGAUCAAGGCCGAAGUAUGGGUACCGCCCCGUCCCGCUCUCGGCGCCCGAGCUGCCGUUAUAAACUUUCACGGCGGCGGUUGGAUCCUCGGCCAGGGUACUGACGAUGCCCGAUGGGCCGGAGCUAUCAUGGCCAACUUGGAUGCAGUUGUCUUUACUGUCAACUACCGUCUAGCGCCUUCGUGUCCCUUUCCAACUCCCAUUGAGGAUUGUGUGGAUGCUGUUCUCCAAAUCAAGCAUCGCGCUGCCGAGUUUGGUAUUGACCCUGAACGCAUUAUCCUUUCGGGAUUUUCCGCUGGGGCCACAAAUGCCAUAGCAAGCUGGCUCAUUCUCAACGACCCUGACCGUUGGGGCUACAAAUUCCCCAUCGAACCUCCGAAGAUUGCCGGUAUAACGCUCUACUACCCCGUUCUAGAUUGGACCAUAUCCCGUCCCGAGAAGCGACUCACAUGCUCAAAGCCCGAGUUCACCUUACCCAAGGGUCUCACGGAUCUGAUUGAUGCUUCGUUCAUCUACCCAAUCAUUCCCCGAGAGCAACGGUCUGAUCCACGGCUGUCACCGGGUCUGAUGGAGGAUGAGAUGCUGAAGAAGCUUCCGCCAAUCCAUCUGGUCCUGUGCGAGUAUGACAUGCUUCUCGCUGAAGGUCUUAAGUUCGCCAAUCGCCUCAAGGCUCACGAGAAGAAGUUCACGUUGCGCAUUGUCGAAGGCGAGAGACACGCCUGGGAUUGUCCACCGCCCAUGACUCCAAAAGAGAGUGUUAUGGUAGAAUACCAAGAAGCCGUUGAGAAUAUGGCCAGUUGGUUUGGAAAGAAGUGCGAGACUGACACAAACUCGCUGCGAUCCAUGAAACUCAAGCGCGCAGUUUUCAAACGACCCAAAUAUCUUUCUUACAAUACCUGGUCCGGGUGGUAG